CCCCAUAGCUCUUCUAUCGCCACGCUAUAAAUCGACCGCGCGCGCGCGCCUCGCAUGCUCGUAUCACUGCAAUUCGAACAAGAUUAAACCACCACUGGGCACUGGCCAGUCCCUCCGCGGUGCACUCGCGUCCGGCACAGUACAGACAUGGGCAACGCCGUCGUUCCAAGCAUGUGCAAAGACGUCAAGAUCGCCGACGCGCCGGGCGGUCGCGUGGCCACGGCGCGGAGGAGGCAUGGCACCGGGGAUGAGGGGCGCCGUCGAGGACGACGCGGCGGUGCUACUGUCGGGGAGCGGCAGCAGCAGCAGGCGAGAGGCGGCACCGGCACCGUGGUGAUGACGGUGAAGGUGGUGGUGACGAGGAAGGAAGCGGAGAAGCUGAUCGCGAGGCUGAACGUGAAGGAGCAGCGGAGCGCGAGGGAGCGCAAGGCCAGGAUGGCCGAGCUCACGGGCCAGCUCCGGGCGGGGGACUCCGGCGCGUCGAGUACUACGCACAGGCUCCCGCCGAUACAGGAGAUUUGAUUUGAUUGAUUAAUUAGCUCGUCGUAUCUCUGCAGCCCGCGCCCGGCUCAAGCCAUGUUUGCUUAUGUCUGUGGUUACUAGUUGUAGUAGUAUUUGUAGGACGUACUUUAAUUUUACGUUGCACCAGUUAAGGACUGUGGCUAAUCAACAGCUGGUCGCCCAGCUAUGUUUGCAUUUGUAUAGUGGAAGGAGGUGGCGACAAGCUUAUACGAACUUCAGUAUCGUUCUGCAUUCCCGAGUUCA